GCAGACUAGAUCAGAUUUCUUAUCCUCCUGAGUGGACUUAUUUUUUAAGUUUGGAGAGGACAUAAGAGCUGAACAGCUGUGAGAACUUGGACACUGAGAUCAUUUGUAACUGGGACGUGGACAGACAAAUAUGCAGGCCUCAACAGGAGCUUUUGGUCUGAUUUCUCCAGCAAGUAAUGUCUCCACCUUCCUGGACUCUGAGUUCCGUUACGUCCUCUUCCCUGUGGUCUACAGCAUCAUCUUCAUCCUGGGCCUCUUCGCCAACAUCUAUGUGCUCUUCGUCCUACGCAGCCUACGUGAUGAUGAAACCAUGGGUGAAAUCAGAAUCUACAUGACCAACUUGACAAUAGCUGAUCUCCUGUUUGUGUGCGCCCUCCCCCCAUGGAUUGGCUAUUAUAGUCGGCAUGGUAACUGGGUCUACACAGACUUCAUGUGCCGCCUGACUGGCUCGUUGUUCUUCAUCAACACCUACUGCUCCAUCCUCUUCCUCUGCGCCAUCAGCUUCAACAGAUACUGGGCCGUGACCCGGCCUCUGAAUGCGAUGUCUUCAGACAACAGAUGCCGUGGGAUCAUUGUGUGCAUUGCCAUAUGGGUGGCAUCUACAUUGAUGGCUAUUCCAUCUCUGGCCUCUCCAGGGACGCACACUGACACGACAGUGACUCGCUGUUUUGAGGGAUACCAGAAUCAAACAGACCCUGAGAAGAAAUCCGUGGCUGCUACACACUUUUUGAUAAUUGGGAUGUUUGGAAUCGUCUUUUUUCUUGUUGUAGUGUGUAAUUUACUCAUUGCACGAGCGUUACUUUCUCAAAAUCCUGAUCAGGCAGAAUACGGACCAGCAUCAAUGGUAUGUAAAAGAUCCAAACAGACCAUAUGUUUUCCAUCAAAAAGGCCCAGAGGAGCAAAACUGACAGCUCUGCAGAUGUUAUUUUCAGUGGUUGGGGUCUUUGUCGUCUGUUUCCUGCCCCACCAUUUAGUUCAAGGCCCCUGGACGCUGGCCGUGUUGCAGAUCCAACGAGGCUGGGGCCACGUAGAGUGGGACCAAACAACUCGACAAGCACUCAAUGAUGUACAUCAGAUUACCUUAUUUCUUAUGAACCUCAAUUGCAUUCUGGAUCCUGUAGUUUAUUAUUUUGCCACAAAGAAGUUUCGAGGAUUUAUUAUGGUGCACAUUGAGAGGUUAAAACAGAUAGGUGGGUGCUCAGUGAAGUCAACACAGGAAUCAGUAGGGCUCUCAAGACUGAGUACUAAAAACAAAAAAUGAGACAAUGUCCAAGUUGCAACCAAGGCCGCUAAUAAGAGGGGAAUAAAGGGAGCGAUUUCCCUUUGAUCCCAAAAAUUGGCCAAAAAGGUGCAAAAAACAGAAACGACAGUCGAAAGGUGGCAGAGCAGUGGCAAAAAGGCAUAAAUUAGCAACUUUAAUAAGUUAAAGCAACAAAAUUGGAUAUAAAUGCCAAAAGGAGUGGCAAAAAUGGGUGUAAAGUGGCAAAACAUUGAAACAAUGUACCAAAAGUUUAUGCAAAGUGUCAAAUGAGUGGCAUUACAGGGCAAAAAUGGUCAAAUUGGCAAAAGAUAGAAACGAGGGGCAACAAAUAUCAAAUAAUUGACUAAAAGUGGCAAAACAGUUUUAAAUGGCCAAAAGUUGGCAAAAGGCCAAAAAGCAAAAUGGGUUGGAAAUGGCAAAAUGGUCAAAAAUGGAUAGAAAUAUUGUAGAAAAGUGGUUAAAAGGGAGGGGUGUAAAUCACCAUUUUCAUCAUGAUACGUUACAAUAUUGAUUCUCAGAACAAUGCGAUAUUUGCCGAUAUUACAAAGUCUGCCACGAUUCGAUUUCGAUUUGAUUCGAUUUAUAAUCAAAUCAGACAAUACUUCAGACGCUACUGAACCCAUUCACCACAAUCUGUUACUGCAGGUUGGGGAACUUUCAAAAUAAAAGCGUAAGGUAAAAAUGGCAGUUAAUAUCGACGUUUAUACUUUCAAUCGAUUUGACCGAAUCAUUGCUCAAACAAUCGAUAUAGCGAUCCAGAUCGCUGAAUUGUUACACCCCUAUUUAAAGGUAGCAGAUAUAAAUACCCAGUUAAAGCUUGAUACAUUUUUCAGCUCCAAAAUGAGGUAACCAAAUCCAGGAUGCACUGUCUCUACUCAUCCAACACACACGCUUUGAUACCUCAAUAAAUCACAUCUGGGGAGGGCCCAUUCACUGGGUUUGUCAGGGGCCCAGCCAACUUUGUGGGCAGCCCUGGUUGCAAUUAAUCAGAGAUUACUUGAUGUAUUUUUUUUUCACUGUUUAAUUUUUUUUUAAUUUAAAGAGUAACUGAAUAACUGACGCUUAAAAUGUGAAUAGAUGAUUACAGUUGAAGACAGUAUUAUGAUUUUUUUGUCCUAUUGUUAAUUUUAUCGUUCCAUUUGCAUUUAUUGAUAGAAAAAGUGUGCAUGAAUUUGUUUUUUUUUUUCAAUAUUUUUUGUUAAGAAAUAUUUAAUGGACAUAAAAUAUUACAACCUCAUUUCCAAACAAGUUGGGGCGCUGUGUAAAAUGUAAAUAAAAGCAGACUGCAAUAAUUUCUCAUAAACUCAUAAACCCAUACUUUAUUCACAGCAGAACAUAAACAUAUCAGAUGUUGACACUGAUAUGUUUGACAAUUUCAUGUAAAGUAUUAGCUCAUUUUGAAUUUAAUGGCAGCAACACAUCUCAAAAAAGUAGGGAGAGGGUCAUGUUUACCAUUGUGUAGCAACCCCUUUCCUUUUCUAGUGAAUGUCUGGGACGUGAGGAGACCAGUUGCUGGAAAUUUGGGAGAGGAAUUUUGUCCCAUUUUUGUCUGAUGUAGGCUUGAAGCUGCUCAAAAGUCUUGGGUCUUCUUUGCUGGGUUUUUUGUUCCAUGAUGCUCCAGAUAUUUUCUGUUAGUGAAAGGUCUGGACUAUAAGCAGGUCAGUUCAGCACCAGGACUCUUCUACUGUGAAGCCAUACUGUUGUGAUGGAUGUGAUAUGUGGUUUAGCAUUGUCUUGCAGAAUAUGCAAGACCUGUGGUUUACAAAAGAAAUUUCAAAUUUGGAUUAAUCUGGCCACAGAACAGUUUUCCACUUUGCCUCAGUCCAUUGUAAAUGAAUGUAAACUAUUGUAGCAUCAGGCUGCAACAUAAAACUGUAAAAAGUGAAGAGGGUCUGAAUGCACUGUACUAGAAACAGAAGGACAAAGUAAGAAUGCAGGCUCUGACCAUAUUGUUUUCUGUAAUCCAGCCCACAGUUAGCAUGAAGGCUCUAACAUUUCAGUCACACAUAAAAAUAUGUGAUAAUGGGAUGUUUUUCUCUCUCAUCAGACAGCACACACCUCUUCCUCGCUCUGCCUGAACAAGUCAGAUCCUGUGCUGGCAAUAACAGUGUUACAUUGUCUUCUAUCAAACACAUGAGCACAUAAUUUGUUGCCAGAAAAUUAUAAAUGCAUUCUUAACUCUGUGACAAGUUUGGUUGUUUUACGUGAUACACACUCAUGGAGCAGUCCCUGCUGUACUGUUACUGAGGUGUUUCAGCCAGAUUUUGUUUUGAAAGAAAGUUGUUGUUGUUUAACUUGAAGUGAUAACCGCUAUGCUGACAAGUCUGGGCUAUAAGUCCUCGGAUUCUCAUCAGAGAAAAAACACCCAGAGAUAUUGUUGGGUGGAUUGUCUAUGAUGUGCAUUUAUUUUGAAGGGUAUGUUUCUAUUUCUUUGAUCCAUCAAAUCUUUUCUUAAAAGUUGAACA